AUGGAGAUCGAGCGCGAGCGCGGCAUCACCAUCAAGUCGCAGGCGAUCUCGCUUCCUCACGACCACCACGGCACCCGGUACCUGCUGAACCUGAUCGAUACCCCUGGGCACGUCGACUUCACCUACGAGGUAUCGCGCGUGAUCAGCGCCUGCGAAGGCGCUCUUCUGCUGGUGGACGCGACGCAGGGGGUGGAGGCGCAGACCCUGGCCAACUACUUCCUCGCCCUCGAGCACGACCUGGAAGUGAUUCCGGUGAUCAACAAGAUCGAUCUGCCGGCAGCGGACAUCGAUCGGACCCGCUCGCAGAUCGAGCGGGAUCUGGGGCUCGACGCGGAAGAGGCGGUGCUCGUCUCCGCCAAGACCGGUCAGGGGAUCGACCGGCUCCUGGAGGCGAUCGUAACUCGCAUUCCGGCACCGGAUGGAGACCCGGAAGCGCCGCUGCAGGCGCUGGUAUUCGAUUCCGCCUACGAUCCGUACCGGGGCGUGGUGGUGCACGUUCGCGUGGUGGCAGGCCGGAUCGUCCCGGACGCGCGCAUCCGUUUCUGGGCGGGUGACGACGCCACCUACCGCGUGGAAGAGCUGGGUCUGUUCGGCAUCAAGCCGCAGCCGACGGCCGCCCUGAACGCCGGUGAGGUCGGCUACCUGGUAGCAGGGAUCAGAUCGGUGGGACAGGCGCGCGUGGGGAACACCAUCACCGAGGCCGAACGCCCCUGCGCGGCGCCGCUGCACGGGUUCCGGGAGGCAAAGCCCGUGGUCUUCGCGGCCAUCUAUCCGCUCGAUGCCGAUCAGUACGACGAACUGGCUGCCGGACUGGCACGGUUGCAGCUCAACGACUCCACGCUGAGCUUUACCAAGGAGUCGUCGGUGGCGCUCGGUUUCGGCUUCCGCUGCGGAUUCCUCGGCCUGCUCCACCUGGAGGUGGUUCAGGAGCGGCUGGAGCGGGAGUUCGGCCUGGGGGUGGUGCUGACUGCCCCGUCGGUCGAAUACCGGAUACGGCUGCAGGAUGGUUCGGAGUUCAGCGUGCAUACGCCUGGCGAGUACCCGGACCCGGGAACCAUCGAGCAGGUACAGGAGCCGUACGUCAGGGCUUCCAUCAUCACGCCGUCCGAGUACCAGUCGCUCAACUAUCUGGACGAGACGCGCAUGGAGCUUCGCUUCGAUCUGCCGCUGGCAGAGAUCGUCACCGAUUUCUAUGACCGGCUGAAGUCGGUCACGCGCGGAUACGCAUCAUUCGACUACGAAGUCGCCGACUACCGUGACACCGACAUCGUGCGACUGGACCUCCUGUUGAACGGCCAGCCGGUGGACGCGCUGGCGCAGUUGGUGUACCGCGGCUCGGCGGUGCGCCGUGCGCGUGAGGUGUGCCGCAAGCUGCGCGACCAGAUCCCGCGUCAUCAGUUCAAGAUUCCGAUCCAGGGAGCGAUCGGCGGUCAGAUCAUCGCCCGGGAAACGAUCAAUGCCUAUCGCAAGGACGUGACCGCCAAGCUGUACGGCGGCGACAUCACCCGCAAGCGCAAGCUCCUGGAGAAGCAGAAGGCCGGCAAGAAGCGAAUGAAGGCGGUCGGAGCGGUGGAGAUCCCCAAGGAGGCGUUCGUGGCCGUGCUGCGCGGUGCCGACGCGUAG